CUUGCUGAGGAGUGAGGAGGUUCAUGUGGACAUUUCUGGAGGAGGCUGUCUAAGGAGGAGACCGACGGGAAGGGAUUGGAGCACAGAGAGGAGAGAAUUCCUUCCAUUUCUACUUUGCACUUGGAGGAUAUUCACAGAAAGCUGGAAUUAUGAAACCCAACGACUGGAGUUUUGACUUAUCGUGAGAUGUGACGUGGACGUUUUUUUCCAUCUGCAACAAGUUUGAAUAAGUAAAAAUGACGAAUAACAGCAAACGCCUCGGGAUUCACUUAACUUGAGAUGUCGUUUUGGGUGUAGUCGCCACUCUUUACGCACGACAAAUUCCCUAAAAAGAAACUUUUUUGUACAUGCUGUUAGACACUGUCAGAUGUUGAUCUUCAUUUGGAGUUAAUCGAUCUUUUUUUAUAUCUUCAAAUGACUUAACCUAAUUUGAGCGCAAUGUGUCGGGUUUCCACUCUCACCUUGGCGCUAAUGUGCCUCCUGACAUGGACAGGCGAGGCGGACAAGUACACCCGUCACAUUCGGGCGCAGCUGAACCGGCGACCAAGGCCGGGUGCAGCAGCCAGGGGGCGCCAGCUUGAGCGUGCCCGCCCCGGGUUCGCCUCUGCCAUCUCAGUGCACAGCUUCAAGAAGGGCGAUGGCGUUCAGGCAGACGAGGGCCUAUCUAGGAUGGGAAGGAGAGGUGUGGGGGUGGGAAGAGCGGGGAUGCUGCGGGACGAAGGAACCCCCGGAGCUAGGGCCAGGGUGACAAGGAUGCCCACCGGCGCAGGAUCGCCCAACCUGCUGGCCAGUUUCGCGGGGAAGAACCGAGUCUUGGUGAUCUCGGCGCCGCACGAGUCCGAUGGCUACUACCGGCUGAUGAUGUCGCUCCUGAAACCCGACGUCUACUGCGAGCUGGCGGAGAGGCACGUCCAGCAGAUCGUCAUGUUCCACCAGGAGGGCGAGAUGGGCGGGAAGGUGCGAAGGAUCACCACCGAGGGCAAGGUGAUCGAGGAACAGCUGGACAUCACCCUCAUCCCGAGACUCAUGAGCUUCCUCAAGCUGGAGAAAGGUAAAUUUGGAAUGGUUCUGCUGAAGAAGACACUGCAGGUGGAGGAGCGGUACCCAUACCCUGUGAGGCUGGAGGCCAUGUAUGAGGUGAUCGACCAGGCGCCCAUGAGGAGGCUGGAGAAGCUUCGACAGAAAGGUUUUGUCCAGAAAUGUAAAGGAGCGGGCGUGGAGGGUCAAGUGGAGGAGGGCACGCUUACCAUGGAUACACCGAUUGAAAGAAAACCAGCAAAGAAAUUCCUGAGAAAGCCCACAACAACCACAUCUGCCACAACAACAACAGCUACUCGACCAACAACGACCACAACUCGACAAACAACGACUACAACUCGACAAACAACUACAACAAGACCAACAACCACUACCACAACAACCAAAGCCACAACAACCACAAGAAGAACCACCACCAAACGAACCACCACCACCACAACCACCCUGACACCAACCAGACCCCACACCCCGGCUAUAGUUGUACCCCCACCACCAAGAACCACAGCUGAUUCCUAUUACUACAACCCAAGAGAGAGGGACCGCUACCCGGCCAAAACCACACCAUCCGGUGAUAACCACACAGACAAAGACCACAAGGAUCCGCACAUGCACAAGCUGGUUCCAGCCACACGAAAACCCUCCAAGAUCAAACCUACAAAAAGGAAGAAUGAAGGAGAGAAGGUGCUAACAAAUGAGUAUGAGGAAAAGUAUGAGGCUGGCAAGCCGACAGUCACCUAUCCUGAGGAGAACGAGGACUUUCAGGACAUCAGCCCCACCAAGAAGGUGAAGGCCAAGCACGACAAAAAGAAGAACAAGAACGAGAAGGCUGCCAAGAAGGCAGAGAGGCGAGGGGGUAAGGUGGGCAAAGAGGGCAAGAGUGGCGGCAAGAAAAAUGGAAAGAAGCUGUCAAAGUACCCGGAGAAGGACGACUACCCCAAGCCCACGAAGAAGCCGACACCUCCUCCCAAGGGAUCUCUGGCCUCCUUCCUGGACUACUUUGAGAACCGCAGAAGACUGCUGCUGAUUACAUCACCCAUCGAGGAGAACAAGAUGUAUGUCCAGCAGAGGGACGAGUACUUGGAAUCAGUGUGCGAGAUGGCCAUCAGGAAAGUCUCCAUCAUCACCAUCUUUGGCUCGCUCGUCAACUCCACCAUGAAAAUUGACCACUACCAGUUGGAGAACGACAAGCCUAUGAAGGGACUGCGUCAGGAGGAUUUGGUCAACCAGGAUCUGAUCACAGAGUUGAGGAAAGAGUUCAGCAUGAUCCACGAUGACUUCCACAUGGUUCUCACUGACACCGACAUGAGGGUCAAGCAAUCCUACGAGGUUCCCAUCGCCAUGAAAGCCGUGUUCAACUACAUUGACACGUUCUCCUCGCGCAUCCGAGAGAUGGAGCAGCAGAAGCGAGACGGCGUUGUCUGCAAGAAAGAAGACAAACCCAGAUCGUUGGAGAACUUCCUCUCGAGGUUCCGAUGGCGGCGCCGUCUCUUCAUCAUCUCCACUCCCAGUGAUGAGGAGUGGGCCUAUCAGCAGCAGCUCUAUGGCCUGAGCAGCCAGGCCUGCAACCUGGGUUUAAGGCACAUCUCCAUCCUGAAGUUGGUUGGGACGGAGCUGCUGGACAUGGGAGGAGUCUUGGAACUUUAUCCUUUUAACGGGAGCGCCACAGUGGAACGCGAAGGCCUGUCAGCAACCCUUGUCAAGGACAUGAGGAAUUACUUCCAGAUCAGCCCGGAAUACUUCUCCAUGCUGCUGGUGGGCAAGGACGGCAACGUCAAGUCCUGGUACCCCUCGCCCAUGUGGUCCAUGGCGAUCAUCUACGACCUGGUGGACUCGAUGCAGCUGCGCAGACAGGAAAUGGCCAUCCAGCAGUCGCUGGGCAUGCGCUGCCCCGAGGACGAGUACGGCGGCUAUGGUUACCACCAGCACGGCUACGAACACGGCUAUCAGGACGGCUAUCACCAGGGCUACGGUUACUAGCAGUUUCUCUAAAUGUGUGGGUGGAUGCUCGCCGCAUACAAGAUAGCACCCUCUCCUUCUGUUAGCAGCCCUUUCAUUUCCCCAAGAUGAGGUCAUCGGGUGUUUUUGUAGCACUAUGUGGAGGCCCUCAAAUGAUACUGCAGCUUUCACCACUUCUUCCAUAAAUAGCCCAGUGUGGCCCCACUUAAUGAUCAUUUGCAAGAGGCUCUAUCUAAUCAAGACGUGGUUAGCCAAUAAAAGCAUAGAGGAGCUUAGAGGGAAAUGUUUAUUUUUAACUCAGUCCACUUCACAUUAUCACUGUAGAUAAUGCGCUAAAAUAAGUCAUAUGUGUAUUUAUUUGACUUCUGUUGCAGUUAUUCAGCUGCUCUCAUGUUGCAUUUAUUAUUUAUACUCAACUGUGGCUACAUGAUAAAGUCAUUUUACUUCUAGCAAUACCAUUGUGUCAGGCUGCUUUUGUUUUGUUUUUUAGCUUUAUAUAUAAAUUACAUGAACUGUAAUAUGCGAUACUGGCCUUUUGUGAAUGAUUUGUGUAAAAUAUGUGUAUUACCAUAAGUACGACAGUGGAUUAAAAUAACAUUUCUUGUAAUACAUUGUGAAAUAUUUUGCACUUGAUUACUGUCCAUAAGAUUAGGCACACCUGCUUUUGAAAUUCAAUGCAAGAGCUGUUCUCGGUAAAAUGCAGUGCAAACUUAAACUACAAUAAUGUUCAAAAAUGUGCAUUUUCUUUUAAAAGCUCCCCUUCUCCCUUCCUAAUACCUUGACUUUCUCUUCUGAUUUUGCAUCAACACCUGCAAUAAAAGUGACUGCUGGACUUAUUAGUUUCAGUUCCAGAAC